CCCUUGCGGCCUCCACCGGGUUUGGUAACACGGCGAGUACAAGAAAGAGAGGAAGACCCUAAUUCGCGUUGCCUCUUCGAUCGCGAUGUUGCCCCUGCGAGAUCUGUUGCGGAGGAGCUCCCGAUCGGAAGGGCUGCUCCGCAGGCUACUCGGCCGCGGCUUCGCCUCCUCGGCACCGUCCUUGCCGCCCUUCGACCACCAGCCGCGGCCGUACAAGGGAAUGUUGGCCGAGGAGGUCCUCCAGAAGAGGAAGAAGUUCCUCGGACCAUCGCUGUUCUAUUAUUACCAAAAGCCUCUGAAUAUUGUGGAAGGAAAAAUGCAAUAUCUUUAUGACGAAACUGGAAAACGGUAUCUUGAUGCCUUUGCUGGAAUAGUUACAGUCUCUUGUGGGCAUUGCCAUCCUGAUGUAGUGAAUGCAGUGUUGGAGCAGACGAAGUUACUCCAACACACCACCACCAUUUACUUGCAUCAUGCUAUUGUUGAGUUUGCUGAAGCUCUAGCUUCGAAAAUGCCAGGCAACCUUAAGGUCGUGUAUUUUGUUAAUUCGGGAACUGAAGCAAAUGAAUUAGCAAUGUUGUUGGCUAGAUUGUACACUGGAAAUCUUGGCAUGAUUGCCCUGAGAAAUGCAUACCACGGAGGAAGUGCUGGAACAAUAGGUUUAACAGCUUUACAUACUUGGAAAUAUCCAAUUCCUCAGGGUGAAAUUCACCAUGUUAUGAAUCCUGACCCCUACCGAGGGGCAUUUGGCACCGAUGCUGCAGGUUAUGCUAGAGAGAUUCAGGAUCAUAUCAACUAUGGAACUUCUGGAAAUGUUGCAGGCUUUAUUGCAGAAACUUUUCAGGGAGUUGGUGGUGCUGUUGAGUUGGCACCUGGUUACCUUAAAUUGGCCUAUGAUAUUGUCCGGAAGUCUGGUGGAGUCUGCAUAGCAGAUGAAGUUCAAAGUGGAUUUGGAAGGACUGGAAGCCAUUACUGGGGAUUUGAGACACAAGGCGUCAUUCCAGACAUUGUUACAAUGGCAAAGGGUAUCGGCAAUGGCCUACCACUAGGAGCAGUUGUAACUACUCCUGAAAUCGCAAAUGUGUUGUCGCAGAAAAUACAAUUCAACACCUUUGGUGGAAAUCCUGUUUGUUCAGCUGGCGGGCUAGCCGUACUCAAUGUUCUGGAUAAGGAAAAGCGCCAAGCACAUUGCACUAAUGUUGGUUCCCACUUGAUCGAGCGAUUGAGAAACCUUCAGCAAAAGCAUGAUAUCAUCGGUGAUGUUAGAGGGCGGGGGUUGAUGUUGGGAGUAGAAUUUGUGACCGAUAGAAAGGAGAAGACGCCUGCCAAGGCUGAGACAGCAGUCUUGUUUGAAAAACUCAAGGAUCUGGGAGUCCUGCUUGGGAAAGGAGGCCUUCAGGGUAAUGUUUUUCGUAUAAAGCCACCGAUGUGCUUCACCAAAGAAGAUGCAGACUUCUUGGUCGAUGCACUUGACUACGCCAUUUCAGGAAUAUGAAGCCCACCGCUGAAAUGGGAACCAUACGAAACUCACCACAAUUCAGCAAUAAAUCAGGUCAAGAACAAAAUAGAUGCAUGCUACGUUGCCUGAGCAUUUCGAAUAAAGAACUUAAGUAAUGAGGAAAUCAUCUUCGAAAGUUCCAUUCAGUUUUUUUUUACUUCCAAACUUAUUGCUAUAUUUGAUUUGAGGAAUGAAAUCGAUUUUAGUUAAAA